AUGCAGGCUUGUCGCUCCAGGGCAAAACGAGAGCUCCAUCGUUUUGAAGACAGAGACAGACUCGCCGCUGGUUUCCUAUCCUGUGUUCGAUCAGCACAACGAUGUCCUUCUGAAGACCUCUGGCCAGUCUACAAAGAAAAGUUCCGCAAAGAUAUCGCCAACCUUGCUGAUCAAGAUGAAGACACCGUGUCUCGUUUGAUGGAAUAUAUGAACUCAGAAUGGUUCAGUGAGCGGUGGCGAGCUAAAGUCAUCGAUUAUGGUAUGCCAGCUUCAGUCACUCGUGAUGGACCUUGGUCUACCAACAAUUACGUUGAAGCAGCAUUUAGAACGUUUGAUAGAGUAUUUCUUAGCUGUAGAGCGAAUAAGAGACUCGAUCGUUUAAUUGCGAUAUUGAUCAAUUCGUACUUUCCCUUUUACGAGAAUGUGCCUCCAGCCGAUUCUCGGGCAGAUCCAGGAUUACAGAAACAGCUAUUCGAUGGCAUACAACCGAGAAGAGGAAUUUCUGCACCUGUUCCACCUGGCGUGAGACAGGUAAACGUUAGCGCAUCUCUGGGCCGCCACAAUGCCUGUGGUUCAUUGACGGAUUUCGAAUCGAAAACCUCGUCUAUCAAGGCCAAAUUACUGCGCCAUCCCGAAGAAUCUGGUGGUGGAUAUGUUCCUAUCGUUGGAGAUCGCGAAGAGCUCAACAGUUUCUGGAAGAAAGAUGUUCUCGAGUUUCCAACACUUCACAAUUUUGAUAUACAAGGCUUUUCCAUACCUGACGAAGACAAAUUGGUGAUUAAUCCAUCGGUUCGCCCUUAUAACGAUGAGUUGAAUGGCUUGAUCAAACGAUCAACAAAACGCCAAAGGUCGGUAUCUCCAGUGGGCAGAAGAUACCAAUCAGAACAUCGAGAGGUCACCACAUCCGCCAUCACCUUACAAGGGCGCCCCAAGAAAGUCGAACCGCUCCAUCCUUAUCGAUCAAAAGCUCGCAAGUUUACGCCUAGUACCCUUAGUAUCCCCCCUAAACAGUUGAAGAAAAUCAUAUAUCCUACUGGUACCAUCAAUACAGGGAACGACUGCUAUGCAAUUGCUCUCUUCCAGAUGCUGGCUCGAAUUUGA